AUGAGUUCUAUUACUGAGAAGUUAGAAAAAAUCUUUUUUGAUAACUUAGAAAAAGAUGACUUAGAUCAAGUCAAUGAACUAGUGCAACUUUUAUCCUUAAGCGAUGAAGAAUGUGAACAAAGGUUCUCAGAAAAUAAAGAAUUGAAAAAUAAAUAUUUUCCCUAUCAAGAGAAGAUUUUUACUAUUCAAAAACCAAAAAUCGAAGAACCAGAAACCGAAGACGAUUCUUUUGAUGACAUGGAGGUUGAAGAAGAAGAAGAGCCAAUAGAGCACAAAAUAAAUAGGAAUCAAACUCAAGCUAGUAGUAGCAAAAGGUCUUCCUAUAGUAAUACUAAAUCGGAAUUCUCUAUGCCAUAUCAUAAAGGCAUACCCAAUUCAAAUAACAAUGGAAAUUCACAACCCAUUGACACUAUAAAAAUUGAUUGCAUCUUUGACUUCGAAAGAAGAAAAGAAAUAAUUGAUAAAUGGAAUACUGAAAUAAGUUUAAUUAUUCAGUCAAAUCCUAAUGAGUUUUCUCAUGCAAGAACUGUUUUACUUUUGGUAGAACAUAAAUCUUCUGGCAUAAUUCAAAAUAUGAUCAAAGGAACUAAUUGGAAUAUAGAUCUACAUGGAGGAGAUUUAUAUUAUCAAAUUAUUGGUGCCAUAUACAUGAUGUUCUUAGGACUUGAUUUUGUUACCAAUAGAGAUCAAGAAAAUGGCAGAAUACAAGAAAAGGCAAGACAAGCCUUAACAAAAGCUCAAAUUUGCGAUAUGUGUCUGUUAGAAGACUUUACUUGUUUAUUUGAACAAAAUCUAUAUAAAUUAUCCACAAGUGAAUAUCAUAAUUGGAUAGAGAUAUAUUUAAUGAAAAUUCCUAUCGUUGGAGUAAAAGCCAAAGAAAGAUGGAAUAAAGAAAAAAAUGAUUUAACAAAGCACUCCCUUGGAUUUGCUACAAAAAUUGUUAAAAAAGAAAUUGCAAUUAUUUGUGAUCUUGCAAAUACGCAAAAACAAUUAAAAAGGUUUAACAAAAAUUGUUGUACAAAUUUGACUGAUAUACCACCAUUAUCUUAUGGUUGUAACAUAGUUAAAGACAAGAAAUAUUUCAAAAAUAAAUAUAAAAAGAAAUAUGAUAAACCUACCAAUAAUAGAAGGUUUUGGAAGCCAAAGAAGAAAACAUUUACCCCAGGUAAAUACUUUUCAAAAGAAAAACCUAAGGUAUGUCCUCAAGGUAAAAAAGACUGUCGGUGCUGGAUAUGCUCCGAAGAAGGGCAUUAUGCAAAUGAAUGUCCAAAUAGGCAAAAUUUUCCUAACAAAGUAAAGCUUAUUUUAGAAGCAGAAAAAGAUGGAUAUUUUCCCUCAGAAGACAAUUUUAAAGGAGUAACAAAGGUAUAUGUUAAGUCUGGGAUUCACUGA